CUCGGUCUAUCUGUCAGCCUUGGAAGUCCUUUCGUGUGCAAGUUGCCUCUCCAGAAGUUCCCCCCUCCCUCUCUGCGCGGUUUUAAGAGAUAGCAAGCCCACGCAAGGAGCGUGGUAAAAGAGAAACCUCAGUCACGCGACGAGACCCCGUCCAGCAUUACUCUGGAGAAGAAUUGUAUCGAAAUCAUGAAGAUCAUUCAGGCGACAAAGCCCACCGACGGUCAAGGAUUUGAGAGUUGCGAGUCUCUUCAAAGAUUAAUUACUGUACAGGACUGUGCCGUCAAGCAUGUCGGUCCAAGCAAUGCGCCUAAUGAGCAGCAGGAAAUCUCUCUCGAUCUACGGGCUGCUGCUGAGGACAAGCUUGGAAUCGGUCUCAUCGAAGAACCUGUCGCUGUUGUUGCCAGCCAAGAUGUGGGUUCGGAAGAGCAGCAUGUCCACGAGAAUGCAAAUGGGAAAGGCGCCGUGUCUGAGACAGAGCUACUUUCUCCCGUAAACAGAUCUCUCAACCUGAGCAACGAGAUUGGAUAUAGCUCGUCUGUCAAUCGAGGAGAUGUCCUCGCUACUCCCAAAGACGAAGUUGAAUUUGUCGAUGAGGCUCAAAAGGCAUGCCACGGCAUGAUCGAGCAAGACGGCAUGACUUCUCAACAUCCCGAAGUGCGUUUUACUAUACAUGUACAAGAACCAACUCCAAAAAGUGAGCCAAAGUCCACCUUGACGGCUUCGAUCGCGCCUCACUGCUCAGAGUGCUUUGAUAAUCCAAUGAAGAAAACCGAAUCAUUCCAGACAACGGCUCCUCAAGAUCCCUCCCCAGCGCAACAGGAUUCCCCCCCUGUCACGCCUGUGAGGCGUCAGCCUUGGCGAGAGUGCAGGUCUCAUCCGCGAUACGGAACGCUUCGUGAGCUUUUGUCACCAGAGUCGGACGCUUCAGAGCCUAGCCCUGUCUUCAGCCCGACGUCUUCAGGUUCUACGCCGAUGACGGGCGAAAGUGAUAUCGGGACGGAGCCAUCUCAUUAUUUCUCGAAAGCUCGUCGGCCAGUCGAGGAAGAAAGUCCCCUCCUCAAGAAGAGCACCCGAUCCAGCCGCGAGCUUGUCCCUGUGCCAGCGCCAAACUUUGCCCGGGCGAAGAAACCGACUUCUCACGCGCGGCUGAUCAAGCCUGAUCCUGCUGAGGUGGCGAUUGAAGACGAGGCUCCGACAACACACAAAGAUAACACGACUAGCCAGGAUACUCCACUCAUCGAUACUGUACGGCAUAACGAGAUCGACUCUAACAAGAAGGACUCGGGGCCCUGCGGUGACACAAACACAUCGCAACUCCCACAGGUGCCGCAACUCCCUCCCUAUCCAGGGGCAGAUGGGGAAUUUCGCCUCUCGGGGCCCGAGAGAGUAUGCCGAGCCCAGCUGUUGUCUGCACCGAAGGAUUUGCCUCCAAGUACUCAGCCAGUAGCCACGGCGAAGGCACCAGUCAAGACCGAGAGUGAAAUCAGGAUUGCCAAAUCAGCGCCUUUGAAUCUGGAGCUUGGUGAAUAUUUCGUGCAAAGCCUUCAGGGUAUCCAAACACCAGAGACCAGCACUUCAACGACUUCCACUCGACGUGGCGGUUUUCGUUUCACGCCAUUGAAGACCAAAAAGUUCGCGUGCGAUCUCAUCUACCAACUGGCAAAGCCAGUCAAGUGUCGACGACCAGGCUAUAUUUACUGCUACAGCGACGAACUCACGCCUGACCAUGUCAACAUAGGGUCAGCCAUGAUUCCUAUUCGCUACGAGAACAAUUACUCAGAGCCAGCGAAGAUCGGCCAGCCGAAAGAUGAUCGACAUCUUGGAAGGCGUCUAAAAAGUCAGGAAAAAGAAUGCUCGCUCAAGAUGGUUGUCCAUUUCGCCGCCUACAUGCCAUGCGCCGUACGCAACAUAGAGUCUCUGGUACACUUAACCCUCCGGAGCGACAAACGGCGAGCUACCCAGUGUGUAGGUGGGCAAUGUCAGAAGGAGCAUAUAGAAUGGUUCCAAACAAGGCCUGAGAAGGCUCUCGCAAUCGUGAAGACUUGGCAACGAUUCAGCUGUUUGAUCCCGUAUCGCAUGCAAGGUUAUGUUGAAAAUGCCUGGGAGAACCGCGUUGGCAACGAAGAACGACAGAAUAAUAGGAAGAAGGAGACCCGCGAUUGGUUUGACGAACACAUGGAAGUUCAUGUUGAGCAGCUUGUGGCACAUCAAAAGAAGGGCCUGCCAAAGGUAGUUGAAGACAUUGAGCAAGACAAACAGGAGACGUUGCCAGAGAAGGGGAAAGUCUGGGAGAACAUUUGGUGGGAAAGUCUCUCAAACAGCAGUAUAUCAUCGCUCAAGGUGGUACUUUCGAGAGGGUUCUGUUUAUAGGGGACUUCAGUUGUUUGACAUUCAUGGGGGUCAUCGAAACUGCGUGGUUUAUUGCGCCAGUAGCAUCGCACAAAUUUAAAAUGAAUGAUGGAAAGCAGCUCUUCCCAUCAACGGCCUGCGACUUCGCGGCCUUAUGCUUCUCAUCAGACGUCAUUUGGUUUUACU